CCGGUCGGGGUGGCUGCUUACAGGUCGCCGCUUUGGGGUCAGGGCUCUGGCGGUGGCCGCGGCCUGUGGACGGGGAUGUGCUGCGCUGCCGGUGGAGGCAGGGGAUCCGCGCCCGCGCCAUGGCCAGUACAAUGGUGGCAGUUGGACUGACUAUUGCUGCUGCAGGAUUUGCAGGUCGUUAUAUGUUGCAAGCUAUCAAGCAAAUGGAGCCUCAAGUAAAACAAGUUUUCCAAAGUCUACCAAAAUCCGCCUUCAGUGGUGGCUAUUACAGAGGUGGAUUUGAACCCAAAAUGACAAAACGAGAAGCAGCAUUAAUCUUAGGUGUAAGCCCAACUGCCAAUAAAGGAAAAAUAAGAGAUGCACAUCGACGAAUUAUGCUCUUAAACCACCCAGACAAAGGAGGAUCUCCUUAUAUCGCAGCCAAAAUCAAUGAAGCUAAAGAUUUACUAGAAGGUCAAGCUAAAAAAUGAAGUAAACAUGAAUUUUCAGUUCA